AUGAGACCGCCCGACGACAGCGCCGCGGCUUCGUCGGCCCCCUCGUCGGCCGCUGUCUCCUCGGCUGCCGCUCUCGCCAAGCCGCGCCGCCAAUGCAACACCAAGAACCUCCCCUGGCGCCUCGCCGCCGACAUGGCCAGCGCGGCCGCCGCCGGCGCCCUCGUCGCCCCCGUCAUCUCCGUCAUUGACCGCUCCAUCAUGGAAAACGCCUCGGGCCGCGCCGCCUCCGUCUCCGCCUCCCUCCACGCUUCCAUCACCGCCCUCUUCCGCACCCCCCGCGCCGCCCUCCUCUCCCGCCCGACGGCCCUCAUCUUCCUACUCUACGGCGGCACCUAUCUCACCGCCAAUGCCGUCGACACCUUCUCCUCAACCUUCCUCCGCCCCGACCGCCCCGCCUCGGCCGUCUCCUCGGGCCCGGCCAAGUUCGCCGCCUCGUCUGCCGCAAACGUCGCCCUCUGCAUCUACAAGGACCGCGCCUUUGUUCGCAUGUUUGCCAACGGCCCGCCCCGCCCCGUCCCCGCCCCGUGCUACGCCCUCUUCGCCCUGCGCGACUGCGUCACCAUCUUCGCCUCCUUCAACCUUCCGCCUUUGCUGGCCCCUUAUAUUGACGCCCGUCUCUCGGCCGACCUCGGCAGACACUUCUCCGGCCACACCACCGCUCAGUUCCUCGCUCCAGCCGCCGUCCAGCUCCUCUCUACCCCGCUCCACCUCCUCGGCCUCGACUUGUAUAACCGUCCAGGCCGCUCGCCCCAGGUCCCCUGGAGCCACCGCUGCCGCACCGUCUGCUCAAACUGGCUCGUCUCCGCCGCCGCCAGGGUAUGCCGCAUUGUCCCGGCCUUUGGCGUGGGCGGCGUCGUCAACUUCAAGCUCCGACGCCGGCUGAUGCAGCCGCUCGAGUGA